CUCAAAUCGAAAGUCCCACCGAGAGCACUACAAGCGACCAUGGCAACGAAUACUGAAGGAGACGCGUUCGGCAGACUUCCCGUAGAGCUCAGGAUCAAGAUCCUUAAACUAUCACCGGACCUCUUUUCACUACGGAACUUAGCCCAUGCGUCGCCGGCCCUAGGCAGAGUACUCGACAUAUAUCCGCUCGAAAUUGUGGAGGUAGUCUUAGACGUUACCGUUCCUCUGGAGACUCGUCGGCUGAUAGGCGCGGUUCUCAAAGCUCGGUUUUCGCGCUUUCCAGCAUCCCUGUUCGAGGCUCAAGAUGUGGCUAAAAUUGACUCGCCUGUGGUUACAGACGACAUGCGCUCCUCAAGAGUGGACAGGGCCGCCACGGCGGUACGAUGUCUACUUGCGAGCGCCGAAAAUGUUCAUACCUGGUCCUAUGCAUGCCUGGAACAUCUGAUACGAAGAACAAUGGAGCUGCGGCCCUCUACGCUGAUUAAGAAUGGAGCUGGCCGUACAUCUCGGGAAAGAUUUGAAAGGGCCGAGAGCCGUAAAGAUUAUGUUCCACAGUAUACAGGCUCGCCUUCGUGGGUGGAGGAGCAGCGGAUGAUCAAAGCAUUCUGGCGACUGCAAUUGUUCCUGGAGCUCCAAGGUGCUGGUAAUAAGGGCCGCCUAGGUACCUAUUGGCCAAGACAAGAAGUUGAUGUGUUGUCCAAGAGCAGCCUGGAUGAUUUUUACAACGUGUUUAACUUUGAGCGGGAGCAGAUCUUAACUGCCUGCGACUUUUUCGACGCAGUCACUUCUGGGACUAUUACUUUGGUGGAAACUAUCUACGAAAACACUUAUGGUUUGCCAACAAUACAUUUGAUUGAAGGGACAGUGUCAAGGUGUUGUUGUACCGAGCUACCCUCAUUCGAGCGUAACGAGGACACCUUCCAUCAGGGCCCAGAAAACCUCGACAAAACGCAAACUUCAUACCAUUUUCAUUCCGUCAUGUCCAGCGAUCAAUGGCUCGAUGGGCGACCGCCUCUGUUGGGGCUUCCUUUUCACCCCUGGCGCAAAUAUGGGUUCGCCAUAUGGGACAACAAACGCAUGGCCGACUUAGGCAUGAGGGACCUAUCACGCAAGCCGUUCACCAGGAACCAUUUAGCUUACUCUUUUCGAUGGUUUAGUAUCUUAUCUGAGGAGGAUCUGCCUUAGGGUAUGUAGAAUCAAUAGUCGAGCCGUUUAUCCGCCGAGAUUAAGGCCUGGUGUGGUUGGUACGAGAUUCAGAUAGGUAACAUAAAGAGAUGAUCAAUCAUUUGAUUUGAACCAGCGAAUGAGAUAAGUAAGAGAACUCAAGGGUGGAUAUUAUUGAUAGUAAGCAUUCGUGAUAGAGGACAUGGUUCAUGCAUGUACCAAUUGGACAGCUUGGCAAUGGCGAGAAAAGACCGAUGUCCGCAUCCACUAGGGAAUAUGGGGUUUUAGAAGUUUUCUGGACAAUUCGGUUCGGCCCGUUGGGGCGGAUUUAGUGGAGAAAAAUUUGGAGAAAAGUUGCAAUAUGAAAGUUUAGGC